AUGCUACAGAAACAACUGUUUGAUCCAGCGGGCACAUGGACCAGCAAAGAGAUUCCAUCCCAGAUAUCCUUGCUAGAAACAACAUUUGACCACUAUCGCCGAUUCACACACAUAUUUGAGUCCCAGUUGGCCCCCGGCCUUGAGGCCAACUUCUUCUGGGGCAUCAUUGGCCUACUGCUACAGCUUACAGCACAAGAUUUACAAGCCCUCUCUAAGAUCCCACCAAUGCUCAAAUCACUUGGCUAUAAAGUAGAGGCUUUCAAGCGGCAUUACUCUGCGUCGAAUCAAGAAAAUGCGGGUCAGGUGAAGGAGGCAUGCUUUGACAUGCAGGUUCAGUUGGUUCAAUUUUUCACAGUCUCCGUCAAGUCUCUGCGUGGCGAGAAAGAUGAGAUACAGCACGAUAAACGAGCCGGCCAAGUUCAUCGACACGAACAGGAGGAUCUAUGGUCGUGGCUUCAACGUGAGUUUAGCAGCACAAAUCGGGCACUUUCUCAAGCCCUAUCGCGAGUUGAGAAUCCAGUGACUGUACUUUCACCUCUGCGGGGCCAAAGCAGCUCUGUAGACAUUCCUGCAAUCACACAGCAAGUAUCGUGGAUGCAACUACCAACCAAGAUGUGCUCAAGCUUCUUUGGCAGAGAGAGCACAUUUGAGGAAAUCGACCAGGUCCUCGGCCGGGAUGGAUCAGCAGCAACUUUCCAAUCUAUAGCAUUGUUUGGUCUUGGCGGUAUUGGCAAGAGCUCCAUCGCGGCACGAUAUAUAGAGAGAAAGAUGGAAGAGAAGAAGUACGAUGUCGUAUUUUGGGCUUAUGGCGAGACGACGGCAUCGUUGCGACAGAGCUUCACAGACGUGGCGUUAAGACUUGAAUUGCCUGGAGCACAGCCUGACCUACACAAUGAGAAUUUGCAACUAUUUCAGAACUGGUUCCAGACGACUGACUGCAAAUGGUUAGUGGUUUACGACAAUGUUGAGCAUGAUAAGCUGUUGGAGCCAUACUGGCCGGAAAGUAGUCAUGGAAAGGCUAUCAUUACCACUCGCAAUUAUAACUUGGUAUACAAAUUUGCCACCUCUGGCUUGGAAAUAACUUCAUGGGAUACCAAGACCGGUUCCGAGUUUCUCUUAUUCUUGUUGAAAGACAACAUAGGCCGCGACAUCCAAUCAGAGGAACUCUCAGCAAUCGAACUUGCCGAAAAACUCGGUGGUCAUGCAUUGGGUAUCUCUCACAUGGCUGGUCUCAUUCAACGAAGGUCUUGGUCCAUUACCGAAUUCAUGCGUAUUUAUUUGAAAGAUCCGAGAAGCCUUCAUAUAUCUGAGUUACAGGAAGUGUGGGACGUAUCGUUUGGUACUUUGGAAAGAAAUAGCCGAGUUUUCCUGGGAGUUGCAUCAUUCUUGGUCCCAGACAACAUGGCACAGGAGCUAUUUGAGAACAGGCAAGGCCAUGAUCUCCCAGAUGAUCUUGAGUUUUUCCUUGAUGAUUCGGAAUUUUCUGGGGCUAUGGAACCGCUCUUGGCCCUUGCGUUGAUGAAAUGGGAUAAAGGUGCUCGUAUCUUCUCAUGUCAUCGCAUGGUGCAGAUGCAAUUCCGGUCUUUCCUAUCCCUAGAAGAGCGACAACAAGCAUUCGACAAUGCAGUGCUGCUAGUACACAACGCCUUUGCCAAACAGUCAGACUCGACGAACAAGAAUCAGUUUUACCAUCAGUGGACUCAGUGUAAUCGUUGCUUACAACACGUUCUCCGUCUGAAAGACAAUUUUAAGGAAGAGCGUAGACACUCGGAGAAAUUCAAGGCAUCGUCGCUGUUCUGCGAGCUUUUGAAAGAUUGCCAGAGGUAUCUCUACGAGAUCAAUGCAUUUAAAGAGCUCGAGGACGUCUGCGAAUUAAACCUCUUAGCCGUGGACACCCUCGAAGACCAGGAACAAGCCAUCGAUAUCAAGGCCUCGACACUGUCCCACCAUGCCAGCAUGUAUGAGAGCAUCGGCAGAGUCGAAGAGGCCAUCGAACUAAACAUCAAGGGUUACAAUAUGCGCUUAGAAGAAGAACCUCGCAAAGGUGGCCUCCUCGGCGGCUUUGAGCAAAAUCUCGGAUACAACUACAAUACUGCUAAUCAGCACGAAACAGCGCUCGUGUGGUUUGAAAAGUCACGCGUUACUUGGACCGCGUGGAAUGUAAAUGAAGGCAGAGAAGCGGACUGGCCCACGGUCACAAAGAAGAAUACUGCGAGGUGCCUUGUGUAUCUGGGGAGGUACGAGGAGGCGCAGUCAUUACUCGACGUUUCAAUCAGAGAGUUUAAGCAGGAGAAGCCUCUCAACUGGGCUAUGCUAGCUUUCACAUACUUUGUCCAGGGGAUCCUUGAACGACGCAGAAACAGACCGGAAGCUGCCGAGGCAAAUUUCAUGGAAGCGCAGAAUAUAUGGUUCAAAGGUGAUCAAACGCGUUUUCACCCGUUCAAUGCAGGAUGCAUUUAUAAGACGGGCGUGGUUUGCCUAGACCGGGGCAAGGUGGAGGCUGCUAUUAAACAUCUUCGCGACGCCCUCGAGAUCACAAAAUUCCACAGCGACACCAUGCCCGUUGAGCACGCGCGUAGCCUGUUCAAACUCUCCGAGGCUAUAGCCCAGAACUCAUCUACAAAAGAGAACGGGGACGGUGCCACCGAGGACGAAGCACAAAGUUUGAGAGACGAGGCGGAAAUAUAUUUGCUCAGGCGGGAUAAAAGCGCGACCCAAUUUGGGAACGAAGACGCCUAUGAUAGAUGGGUGCCGAUUUUCUGGCGGUAA